AUGUCCGAGGCGGAGAUCAAGGACGCCGUCCGCUCGGGCUCCGUCCCCGCCAUCCACAGCCAGCAAGAAGCCUUCAACAUCGCCAAGGUAGGCGGAUGGGAAGCGGAUGCGCUGGUCGGGCAGCUCGAGGAGCAGAUCCGGCAAGAGGGCGGCGAAAAGCGAAGCUUUUUCCACCUCGAGUUCAAGGAUCCCAAGCAUUUCACUUGGCUGCUUGUCGCCUUUGCCUCCAUGGGUGGCUUGCUGUCCGGCUUGGACCAGUCGCUCAUCUCGGGCGCCAAUCUUUUCCUUCCCAAGGAUUUGGGCCUCUCUACUCAGCAGAAUAGUCUUGUUAACUCUGGCAUGCCUCUCGGCGCCGUGGCCGGUGCUCUCAUCUUGUCGCCAUGCAACGAGUACUUUGGCCGUCGCAUGUCGAUCAUCAUCAGCACAAUCAUCUACACCAUCGGCGCAGCGCUGGAAGCGGGCAGCAUCAACUACGGCAUGAUCAUCGCCGCCCGCCUGAUUCUCGGCGUCGGCGUGGGAUUGGAGGGCGGUACCGUCCCCGUCUACGUCGCCGAAACCGUCGAGCGCCGCCUUCGAGGCAAUCUCGUCAGUCUGUACCAAUUCAACAUCGCCCUCGGCGAAGUCCUCGGCUACGCCGUCGCCGCCAUGUUCAUCAGCGUGCCGGGCAACUGGCGCUACAUCCUCGGCAGCUCGCUGGUCUUCAGCACCAUCAUGUUCGCGGGCAUGCUCUUCAUGCCCGAGUCGCCGCGUUUCCUCAUGCACAAGGGCCGCACGCUCGAUGCCUUCCGCGUCUGGCGGCGCAUCCGUGGCACCGAGAGCGCCGAGAGUCGCGAAGAGUUCUUCGUCAUGAAGGUCAGCCUUGAGGAGGAGGAGCGCGAGAUUCAUGCUGGUUCUAAUGGCCGACGCUUCCCGUGGAUGGACUUCUUCACCAAGCCGCGUGCGAGAAGGGCGAUCGUCUAUGCCAACAUCAUGAUUUUCCUCGGACAGUUUACGGGUAUCAAUGCUAUCAUGUACUACAUGUCCGUCCUGAUGUCUCAAAUCGGCUUCAACAAGUACCAAGCCAACUACAUGAGUUUAGUCGGAGGCGGUUCGCUGCUCAUCGGCACCAUCCCCGCCAUCUUCCUCAUGGAACGCUUCGGCCGCCGUUUCUGGGCCAUCGCAACUCUCCCAGGCUUCUUCAUCGGUCUCGUGCUCGUGGGCGCAAGCUACCAUGUGAACGGUACCGCCGGCACCGAAGCCGUCUACCUCACCGGCCUCAUCAUCUACGAGUUGUUCUUUGGCUCCUACGCGUGUUUGACAUGGGUUAUUCCGUCGGAAGUCUACCCCACGUACCUCCGAAGCUACGGCAUGACUUCCAGCGACGGCUGGCUCUUCUUGUCCUCCUUCAUCGUCACCUAUAACUUCAGCGCCAUGCAAAAGGCCUUUUCCAAGACAGGCCUAGCACUCGGCUUCUACGGCGGCAUCGCCGUCCUCGGCUGGUUCUACCAAAUCUUCUUCAUGCCCGAGACGAAAGGCAAGACGCUGGAGGAGAUCGACUUGAUCUUCCAGAAGCCCACACGCCAGAUUGUGCGCGAGAACAUGGCCAGCUCGAUGGAGACGACGAAGGAUUUCUUCGCGGGGCGCUGGGGCCGGGUGUUCAACGGGGGCCCCCAGAGGGGUUUGAGCGUAACGGAGGUGGAUCAUGAGGAGAGGAAGUUUUAG